AUGUUUGAACGUUUCCAGAACUAUAUGAAGACAUGGUUAGCUCCUCUCAGCCAGGAUGAACCAGGCAAUAAGUUUUCAAGUUCUUUCACAAAAAUCAAAAUAUGGAGUCCGCCGUUCUCCCAGGGCGCCAAUUCAGCGUCAAGGGUAAACUGGAUAUUGUCACCGUGGGCGGCAGAGUGUUGGGACUCUUUAUGGAAGAAGCGAUGGCCGAAGCUGGAGCAGACAGUCCGUUACAUCGGCCGUCUCCGAAGUCCUGACGCGGAGUUCCUAGCCACCCAAGAUCUAGCCGGCCUGGGAACGGCCAGAAUCUUCCGACCCACCAAUGCUGUCGACUACUCGCCCGAAAAUAUGACAAAACCAUGGAUAUCAAAUUACUCGGGCCUCUUCAUGACAGCGCAGGUGGUAGCAAGGCAGAUGAUGGAAUAUGAAUGUGUCGACUUAAUCAUGCUGGCGGCAAGUAUGAGCAGGCUUGUAACCAUCAAGGGGCUUAACGCACCAGUGUAUACCUCAUCCAAGGCAGCGGCUAUCCAACUAGAAGGGAGCCUGACAAGAGGACUAGAGUUAAUUCAUUGUGCCCAGGGCACAUUCUGA